CUUUGAGGUUGUCAAAUUUAAUCGCACGUGCAUUAUUUUUGUCAACCCAAAACUAAUAAAACACAUUUUUAAUAAAAACUACAAUUAAACUAAAUUAAUAAUUUGUCAUUAAUUUAUUAUCAAGUGUAAACAAAUAUUAUCCAAAAUGUUACGAAGACAAGCGCGUCUGCGCCGCGAAUAUUUAUACCGCAAAUGUGUCGAAGACAAACACAAGACAAUACAACAAAACAAAAAUAGUUUAAAAAGAAGCCUAGAAGAAAAUGUUGCAAUACAUGGUGAUUUGAAAAAGAAAGCACUGCAUUUGCAGAAGAAAAUAGAAUGGGAAGACGAAGGGCCCCAAAUGGCAGCCGCCAUCGGCGGUGAAAGUGGUGGUGCUAAUACUUUAGAUUCACAAGAUGAUGAGUAUCGAUAUGCUGGUUGUGAGGACCCCAAAAUUAUGAUAACUACAUCUAGAGAUCCUAGUUCUCGAUUGAAGAUGUUCGCAAAGGAACUAAGAUUACUAUUCCCAAACGCUCAACGAAUGAACCGAGGAAACUACGAAAUGAAACAAAUAAUCCACGCAUGUCGUGCCAACGACGUCACAGAUUUCAUAGUAGUCCACGAACACAGAGGCGUACCCGACACCUUAGUCGUCUGUCAUUUACCCUACGGCCCCACCGCCUAUUUCACAAUCAGCGAUGUCGUUAUGAGACACGACAUUCCUGAUGUCGGCCCGAUAUCCGAGCAGAAGCCUCAUCUGGUUUUCCAUAAUUUUAAAGAUAAACUUGGGCUGAGGGUUAUGUCGAUAUUGAAGUACUUGUACCCGGUUCCUAAGGAGGACUCGAAGAGGGUUAUCACUUUCGCGAAUCAUGACGAUUAUAUUAGUUUUAGACAUCAUACUUUUAGGACUGUGGAUAAGGAGUUGGAAAUGACGGAGGUGGGUCCAAGAUUUCAAUUAAAAUUAUAUGCCAUCAAAUUAGGAACUUUGGAUGUUGAAAAGGCUUCAGAAACGGAAUGGGCUUUGAGGCCCUACAUGAACACGACGGUAAAACGAAGGUUUUUGUCGCAAGAAGACGGUUGGGAUCAAGAUAUUUAA